UAAAUUACGCACGGCAGUGAAACGGCGCGCUGGCAUCGCUUUUGUGCGAGCGCUUUUUCCGCAUUAAAAGCGCCGCCCAAUUCAUAAGGGCUAUUGGUCAGGAACAGAACAGGGCUCUUUAAAAAUACUACUGGUUGAAAAGAUACUAUAAUAAACCCAUCGGAAACUCGAUUAGUUAAACAAACGUGCUAACACAGCUUCUCCCAGUCGAUGUAACACCAAGGAUGGUCUUGUGAAGAGUGAAGAAUUACCUGAGAAAGAAAACCUACAUUGAGCCAUGGUGUCGUCCUACAAGCGGGCCACCUUGGACGAAGAGGACCUGUUAGACACUACCUCCGACGGAGUCAGUCCCUCCUCCACUAUGCAGGUGACGCUGCAGCGUGGUCUAGGCCCGCGGUGCUGGGCUGUCCGGACCCCUGUGGAGAGGAGACUCGUGCUGGCGUUGUGUGCCUUGUCUCUGGCCCUGUUCAUCUGCAUUCUAACCCUGGGCGUUCACUAUCGGAACACACGUCCAGGGCUCUGUCUGUCUGAGCAGUGCGUGAGCGUGGCCGCCGCCGUAACGGGGGCCCUGGACCGCUCCGUGGACCCCUGCCGUGACUUCUACAGCUUCGCCUGUGGCGGUUGGGUGAAGAAGAACCCCCUCCCUGAAGGGAAGUCCCGCUGGGACCCCUUCAACAACCUCUGGGAGCACAACAUGGCCAUCAUGAAGGAUUUAUUGGAGAGCACUGAGAAGCAGAGCCUCAGUGAGGCUGAGGAGAAGGCCCAGCGCUACUACAAGGCCUGCAUGAACGAGGCAACCAUCGAAAAGCUGGGAGCCCAACCACUGCAGGAGCUCAUUAACAAGAUGGGGGGCUGGGCCCUGAGCGGCCCGUGGGAUAAGGACAACUUCCAGGAGGUCCUGCGCACCGCGUCGGCCCAGUUCCGCUCCUCCCCGUUCUUCACCGUGUUCGUCAGCACAGACUCCAAGAACUCGAGCAGCAAUAUCAUCCAGGUGGAUCAGUCAGGCCUGGGCUUACCGUCCCGAGAAUACUACCUCAACAAGACAGCCAAUGAGAAGUAUCUGAGAGCCUAUCUGGACUUCCUGGUGGAAGUGGGCAUGUUAUUGGGGGGCUCAGAGGAGACAUCCCACACCCUGAUGACAGAGAUCGUGGCGUUUGAGAGUGCUCUGGCCAACAUCACAGUCCCACAGGAGGAGAGAAGGGAUGAGGAGAGUAUCUACCACAAGAUUCAGGCCAGAGAGCUAGCGACACUCGCUCCUGCCAUUGACUGGAUGCCCUUCCUCAGAGCGGUGUUUGCGCCUGUGGUCCUGAACGACUCGGAGCCCGUGGUGCUCUAUGCCACCGAGUACCUGCAGAAAGUCUCCCAGCUCAUUAGCAACACCAGCAAGAGCACUCUGAACAACUACAUGAUCAUGAAGGUGGUGCGGAAGAUGGUGUCCAUCUUGGAUCAGAGGUUCCAGGAUGCAGAGCAACGCUUCCUUGAAGUCAUGUAUGGAGCCAAGAAGAGCUGCGCCCCUCGGUGGAAGCUAUGCGUCAGUGACACGGACAGUGCUCUGGGUUUCGCCCUGGGAGCUCUCUUCGUCAAAGCCACCUUCACAGAGGACAGCAAGACGUUUGCCGAAGACAUGGUGGCUGAGAUCAAAGGGGCUUUCGAGGACAGCCUGAAGCACGUGGGCUGGAUGGACGACGAGACCAAAAAAGCUGCCAAAGAGAAGGCAGAUGCGAUAUACAAUAUGAUAGGGUACCCAAAGUUUAUCAUGGAUCCCAAAGAGCUGGAUAAAGUUUUCAGUGAUUUGGAUGUGGCGUCAGACCUGUACUUCCAGAACGUCAUGCACUACUACAGUUUUUCUGGACGGGUAACAGCUGACCAGCUGAGGAAAGCUCCCAACAGAGACCAGUGGAGCAUGACUCCACCUACAGUGAAUGCGUACUACAACCCCACCAAGAACGAGAUUGUGCUUCCUGCUGGCAUCCUCCAGUCUCCCUUCUACAACCAUGAAUGGCCCAAGGCCCUGAAUUUCGGGGGGAUUGGUGUGGUUAUGGGACAUGAGCUGACCCAUGCAUUUGACGACCAAGGGAGGGUGUAUGAUAAGGACGGGAACUUGCGCUCAUGGUGGAAAAACUCAUCUGCGGAGGCAUUUAAGCAGCAGACCCAGUGCAUGGUGGAGCAGUACAGCCACUACAACAUCAACAGCGAGUCCCUGAACGGCAAGCACACACUCGGUGAGAACAUCGCAGACAACGGGGGCCUCAAAGCUGCUUUCAAGGCCUAUGAGAACUGGAUAUGGAAGCACGGCAAGGAGGCUGCCCUUCCUGCGCUUGGCAUGACGAACCAUCAGUUGUUUUUUGUUGGAUUUGCUCAGGUGUGGUGCUCAGUCCGGACCCCUGAGAGUUCCCAUGAAGGCGUGAUCACGGACCCCCACAGCCCUUCCCGCUUCCGGGUCAUUGGCACCGUCUCCAACUCCGAUGACUUUUCCAAGCACUUCGGCUGCCCGCCGGACACUCCUAUGAACCCCAGGCGCAAGUGCGAGCUCUGGUAACCCUGCGAUCCUGUGUCCCCAGGCGGUCUGGGUGGAGGGCUUGCGGUGUAGGGCUGCAGAUUGCCCACCCCCUCGGCGGAGCUGGGACGAUUCUGUUACUUGGCCCCGCCCACCUGCCCACAGCUCUUCUCUGGACUGGAGAGGGUGGCGCAUGUGGAGAUCAGGGGCUUUAUUUUUAUUUCAGGCAGAAUUAAAUGAAAUGUUGAAAUGAGCUUUGGAAUAAGAAAAUAUGGAGGAGCUGUUUAAACACUGGAAACAAACUUCACAGAGAAAGUGAACAGCUGCUAAUCAGAUCUUGUAAAUAUGUGCUUGCUUAUCAUGUGCUUUUUUUCUAAGGGUAAUAAUAUUUAUUUUCUUCCUGCAUUAAA